AGUCGAGCAAUCCAUGUGAAAAUGGUAAAUGUGUAAAUAACGAAGGAUCGUUUACCUGUACAUGUGAACCCGGGUGGAUGGGACAACUCUGCAACGAAGAUAUCGACGAAUGUAAAGAUGACGACCUUAACAAGUGUUUGAACGGACAGUGCAGCAAAUUAGCCGGCAGUUAUUCGUGUAUAUGUGAUGAUGGUUGGACUGAUUUGUUCUGUUCACAAGAUAUUGAUGAGUGUCUAGAUCUGUCAUUGAAUCAAUGUGACAAUGGUAAUUGCCGGAACACCAAUGGGUCUUACCUUUGUGACUGCUUGGUAGGAUGGGGCGGACCAUUUUGCGAUAUUGAUAUAAAUGAGUGUUCUCUUGAGAACAAUCCGUGUCAGAAUGGUGCAGUUUGUAAAAAUGGAGAUGGUUCCUUCGUUUGUGACUGCCUUCCUGGCUGGACGGGCGAACUGUGUACUGAAGAUGUUAACGAAUGUCUGGAGGAUUCGACCAAUGGCUGCGUUCAUGGACAAUGCAUGAACGUUGACGGGGGAUAUGAAUGUGACUGUGAUGUUGGCUGGAAGGGAACACUCUGUGAUGAAGAUAUAAAUGAAUGUGAGAACGAUUCGAGCAAUCCGUGUGAAAAUGGUGAAUGUUUAAAUAACCAAGGAUCGUUUACCUGUAAGUGUGAGCCCGGGUGGAUGGGACAACUCUGCAACGAAGACAUCGACGAGUGUGCAGAUGGCAGCCUUAACCAAUGUGCAAACGGACAGUGCAACAAUUUACCCGGAGGAUAUUCGUGUAUUUGUGACGUUGGUUGGACUGGUUUGUUCUGUUCACAAGAUAUCGACGAGUGUCUAAAUCCGUCACUGAAUCAAUGUGAAAGCGGUACUUGUCGGAACACCAAUGGAUCUUACGAAUGUGACUGCCUGGCGGGAUGGGUUGGACGAUUUUGCGACACUGACGUAAAUGAGUGUGCUGAUGGAACGGCGCAGUGUAAGAACGGCGCAACAUGCGUGAAUUCAAUGGGAUCUUUCAGAUGUAAUUGUAGUGAUGGAUUUGAAGGCCAAACCUGUGGAGAUGAUAUCAACGAGUGUGCAAAUGGGGCUGAUGACUGUAAUCACGGAUCGUGUGUGAACACAGAGGGGUCGUUCACAUGUGAUUGCGAGCAGGGCUGGCAGGAUAGCUCCUGCAGUACAGAUAUUAACGAGUGUAGCGGUAAUAUCGACGAAUGCAAACAGCACGGCACAUGCAGGAACACGGAGGGAUCGUACACGUGCGAUUGCCAACCUGGCUGGACGGGACGGCACUGUGAAAUAGAAAUAAACGAAUGCGAAGCGUCGUUGGACAACUGUGUAAACGGUUAUUGUAACAACACGGAGGGAGGCUUCACGUGCAUUUGUAACACGGGCUGGCAAGGGGAAAUUUGUGAUACAGACGUGGAUGAAUGUACAACUGGCAGCGAUCUGUGUGAAAAUGGAGCCUGUAUCAACAAUCAAGGGUCAUACACAUGUGACUGUGAGACUGGAUACACUGGAAUACUCUGUGACGAAGACGUGGAUGAGUGUACAACUGGCAGCGAAAUGUGUGAAAAUGGAGCCUGUAUCAACAAUCAAGGAUCAUACACAUGUGACUGUGAGACUGGCUACACUGGAGUACUCUGUGACGAAGAUGUAAAUGAAUGUGAACGUGAAAGGUCCAUAUGUGUCAAUGGUAGUUGUGAAAACACUGCUGGUUCCUUCAAAUGCAUUUGCAACACUGGUUGGACCGGAGUGUUUUGCGAUCAAGAUAUUAACGAAUGUACUGGACCGGUUUGUGUUCAUGGUGGUUGUACAAACGAAAUUGGCGGCUUUACCUGCACGUGCGAUGCAGGAUGGACUGGUAGCAUUUGCGACAUUGACUUAAACGAAUGCAGUCUGGGGACAGCCCUCUGUGUCAAUGGCUCGUGUGAAAAUGAAGAUGGCUCGUACAGAUGCAAUUGCUUUUCUGGAUUCGAUGGAAGAUAUUGUGAUGAAGACGUUAAUGAAUGUCUACGUAGCUUGCACAAUUGUGACCAGGGACUUUGUGCAAACAGUCUUGGUUCCUACAAAUGCGAUUGCUACCAAGGAUGGGCGGGGAACCAAUGUGAUGAAGAAAUCAAUGAAUGUGAAGCGGAAUUGAACCCCUGCGAUCACGGGACUUGUAACAACACAGAGGGAGGAUACUUAUGUUUGUGCGAUGCCGGUUGGACAGGCGAUAUAUGCGAUAGAGAUGUUAACGAAUGCAUCGAUGACACAGAUGGCUGUGAGAAUGGUCAGUGCACGAAUAAUCCAGGAUCAUACCAAUGUCAAUGUGAUUCCGGUUGGAAAGGGCAGUUGUGCGAACUGGAUAUUAACGAGUGUAGCGGUGAAGAAAAGCCUUGCAUCAAUGGUGAAUGUAGAAACGGACCAGGGUCAUUUUCCUGUGAAUGCACUGAUGGAUGGACAGGGCCCUCUUGCGAAGAAGAUAUUGACGAAUGUCUUCUACCAACAACUAACAAAUGCGAAAAUGGAGAAUGUCAAAAUGUUGAUGGUUCAUACACAUGCGCCUGUAAGACAGGCUGGUCCGGGGAGUUUUGUAAUCAGGAUGUAAAUGAAUGUGAGAUUGAUUCAACCAGUCCGUGUGUAAAUGGUGAAUGUGUAAAUAACGAAGGUUCGUUUACCUGUUCAUGCGAAACCGGGUGGAUCGGAUUACUAUGCAACGAAGAUAUUGACGAGUGUGAAGAUAACAAUCUUAACAAAUGUUCGAAUGGAGAGUGCAACAAUUUUGAAGGAGGAUAUUCAUGUCUUUGUGAAAGUGGUUGGACUGAUUUGUUCUGUUCACAAGAUAUUGACGAGUGUCUAGAUCAAUCAUUGAAUCUGUGUGUGAAUGGCGCUUGCCGGAACUUAAAUGGAUCCUAUGAUUGUGACUGCUUGGUAGGAUGGGGCGGACAACUUUGCAAUAUUGACGUAAACGAGUGUUCUCCUGAGAACAAUCCGUGUCAGAAUGGUGCAGUUUGUAAAAAUGGGGAUGGUUCCUUCGUGUGUGAAUGCUUACAGGGCUGGACGGGCGAACUGUGUACUGAAGAUGUUAAUGAAUGUCUGGAGAAUACGACCAAUGGCUGCGUUCAUGGACAAUGCAGGAACGUUGACGGGGGAUAUGAAUGUGACUGUGAUGUCGGCUGGAAGGGAACGCUCUGUGAUGAAGAUGUGAAUGAAUGCGAAAAUAAUUCAACGAAUGACUGUGUACAUGGAGAUUGUAGAAACACUAAUGGGGAAUACGAGUGCGUAUGUGAAAGUGGCUGGUCGGGAGAGAAGUGCGAUACUGACGUCGACGAAUGUAAAGACUCAAAUUUGAACGCGUGUGUGAAUGGGAACUGUGAGAAUAAACAAGGCUCAUACGAUUGUAUCUGCUUUCCCGGCUGGGGCGGGACUUUCUGUGACCAAGAUGUCAACGAGUGUUCGGCUGUAAAUGAUCCUUGUCAGAAUGGAGCAGUGUGUAAGAACGCGGACGGAUCCUUCACUUGCGAUUGCACUCCGGGCUGGGCUGGAGAUUUCUGCACCAUUGACAUCAACGAAUGUCUUCCUUCCGGAAACAGCCCCUGUGAGAACGGAGCCACUUGCAUAAAUAAUCCCGGGUCGUUUGAAUGCACAUGUUCGCCUGGAUUUAUCGGAGAUCUUUGUGAACAAGACGUCAACGAAUGCACGUCGAACGGAAGUAACCCCUGUCAGAACGGGGCAACGUGCACAAAUAAUGCCGGGUCUUUUGCCUGUACGUGUGCUGAUGGGUUCACCGGGGACAUCUGUGACCAAGAUAUAGACGAAUGUUUGUCUUCCGCGGGUAACCCAUGUAAGAACGGGGCCACGUGCACGAAUAACCCCGGGUCUUUCAUUUGCGUGUGUGUUCCUGGAUAUACUGGAAAUUUGUGUGAACAAGAUAUAAACGAAUGUUUGGACGCAGUUCUGAACGGCUGUAAAAAUGGAACAUGUGAAAAUACAAUCGGCUCGUAUAACUGCAGAUGCACUUCCGGUUGGGGUGGACCUCUGUGUGAUAUAGACAUAAACGAGUGUUCGGCUGGAAAUAAUCCGUGUCAAAACGGAGGUACUUGUACAAAUGCGGAGGGAUCUUUCACUUGUGACUGUACGGCGGGAUGGACCGGGAAUCUCUGCACCAUCGACAUCAACGAAUGCUUACCAAUCGGAAGUAACCCAUGUGAGAACGGGGCCACGUGCACCAACACCGAUGGGUCGUUUGGUUGCUCAUGUGCACCAGGCUUUACUGGGAAUCUUUGUGAACAAGAUAUCAACGAAUGCGAAUCAACCGGAGGUAGCCCCUGUUUCAACGGAGCCGCGUGUAGUAACACUCCCGGGUCUUUUGAGUGCACGUGCGCACCAGGAUAUACUGGAGAUGUUUGUAACCAAGACAUUGACGAAUGCUCGACUAUCGGAAAUAGUGGCCCUUGUGAAAACGGAGCCAAUUGCACUAAUACCGAUGGGUACUUUCUUUGCUCGUGCGCACCAGGAUAUACAGGGGAGUUUUGUGAACAAGACAUCAACGAAUGCCAAUUAACCGGAGGUAACCCCUGUUUCAACGGAGCCACGUGUAGUAACAUUGCUGGGUCUUUUGAGUGCACAUGCGCACCAGGAUAUACUGGAGAUGUUUGUGAUAAAGACAUCAACGAAUGCCUACCUAUCGUAAGUAGCCCGUGUGAGAACGGAGCCACGUGCACUAACACUGUAGGCUCAUUCCGCUGUGCGUGCGCACCUGGCUAUACCGGGAACCUGUGCGAACAAGACAUAAACGAAUGCCUGCCAACCGGAAGUAGCCCGUGCCAAAAUGGAGCAACGUGCACUAACAAUGACGGUUCUUUUAUCUGCGCAUGUCUGCCGGGUUCUGGGUACACAGGGGCCUUAUGCGACGAAGAUAUAAACGAAUGUGUUGGGACAAAUCCAUGUUCAAAUGGGGGGACAUGUGUAAAUACCGUCCCGUUAUUUACUUGCGAAUGUCCGGCUGGAUUUGGAGGUCUUCUAUGUACAUCAAUUGACACAGAGGCGUUUCAAAUACAGUUUGAAACCAUACAGCCUAAUAUCACUGCUGACUUGCUGGAUCCAAACUCGGUUGAAUUUCAAAGGCAAGAAGACGCAUUUUGCAAUGAGAUCUUAGCCACAAUUCCGACAUUCUCCGCGUUCAGUGACAUGACAGGCUGUGAUAUUGUAGCAUUUCAAAGCGAUCCUGCUGGUUUGACAUGGGAAGCCACAUUUGAAGGUAUCCAGCCUACCACUACGGGAAACGACCUCAGAGAUUUUCUUCUGGAAAGCAGGGAAAACAUAAGAAUCGGUGAUUUCUAUGGUGUCCGUAUUGGAGACAUUGUUGUUAAGUCCCGACCCUACAUCGCCACUGAUGUUGAGAUGACUCAGCGGCUGCUCAACUUCACCUAUCAACCAGCGCUGGCGGACAGUAACUCUUUGUUGUUCCAGGGAUAUGAGGAGGCAUUCUGUAAUGAGGUUGAUACGUUAAUGACAACUCGUGCAUCAACAUUUACAAACUACGACAGCUGCUCCAUCUUGUCUUUCGAUAACAGUAACCCUGACCAGCCGUCGUUUACGUUCAAUCUAGAGUUUGAAGGUGCCUAUAAUGCCAGUGCCAUACGGGAGGCUUAUCAGCAAGUGACAGAUAGUGAUCUGCCUAAAGGAACGUUUGACCGGUAUAUUUACUACAAUCUGGGAGAUUUUAGCAUCUAUGCUGGUGAUAUUCAAGAAUUCACAACGGUUCCCAUGCAAUUUGAGAUUCUAGACAAAAGCUGGACAGCAGACCUAUCGGACUCCCAGUCAGCUUUAUUCCGGCAAUACGCAGAUGGCUUUUGUGCAGAGAUGGACACUUAUUUACGAGGGCAAUUGUCAUACGAUAGCUGUAAGGUUGUUGCAUUUGACAAUACACAGCCAUUCAUGAACAUGACAGCAAAUUUUGACUUCUUUGCGAACCUGGACACUGGUUUAGCCCAGAGCACCGUUGCUGACAUAAUCCUCGCGUCGACGCCGGCAGAAAGAUACAACAAUCUGUACAUAGGGAAUCGAGUCGAUGACCUACUUAUUUAUUUCGAUUCGUUGGACCAGUACUUCGAAAUCCCAUAUGAUGGAUGGGUUACGAAUAUUACGUACAGUCAUUUUGGUGAACAACCAAGUAUCUGGCAGAAUGAACUGAAAGAGCGAAACAGUUCUCUUUUCCAACAAAAGCAGGCAGACUUCUGUAGAGCGAUCCAGGGAGAAAUGGCCGGCUCCGAAACGCUAGAUGGAAGAUACCUUAACUGUUUCGUGGACAAUUACAAUUAUGCUAGAACUGGUUCCGGCGAAACAUUCAUUUCCACUGUAUCGUUGGUGUUUGCUGAUAAAAACCCGGUCAUCAUUUCGGAACUGAAUGAGGUUAUUAACAACUUUAAUGAGAUUCGCAUCAACUCCGUAACCUAUAGAACUAUUGGCAGUUCUAUCGUCAAUCUUGCAACAAUUGAUGAAGUUCGAGUGAAUGUGGCUGAUUAUCUUGGAAAUGACUUUACGACUACUACAGCACCUGUUAUAGAAACCGUCAUCGAGUUUGAAGCGCCUCUACUACGGUUUAAUCUGACCUCUGAGUUCCAGGAUUCAAACAGUUUACUUUUCAUAAACAUUACGGAGGAAUUCUGUAAAAACAUAAGUGUUUGGUACAGUGACCCGAAACGGCAACUUCCCCCAUAUGGUGGCUGCAGUAUUCAAGAAUUUCAUAUGGACUCUGACAAUAUGGCCCACGCUGUCGUGAACCUCGUCUUCGAGACUACGAUCCCAAAGUCCCUGAUCCUGGCAUUCACUGACUCCCUGCUGAAUAUUAUGAAGGAGAACGCGGCACGGGAGACGUUCGCUGAUGGAACGGUGGCGCUGAUCAUAGGCCCCCUGUAUGUGUUCAUGGAAAGUUUGCAGGCUGACAGUAGUCAUUUACAUGUUAGACGUUAAUGAUUUGAACUGAUUGGUACAGAGUUACAGUAUAUAUACAGUAUGGUGUGUGUAUAUAUUCUUGGUAGAAUGGUCAUCUAAAACCAUGCUGUAUAGAUAGUCAUAAUGUUUCAAGUAUAAGUUUUGUAACAUGUCGAUAUUUAAACGAAUUCAAGAAACAGCUAACGAUCGUUCAAAAAAUGCUUGUUUAUUUGAGAGAUAUAUUUUCAUACAACUCGGGUGAUGGAAAAAUGUAUGGAACACUUUAUUCUGUUCAGUUGCAAACACUUAUCACAUUAAACAUUUCAACGGUACAGUCAAACCCCGUUGGCUCGAAUUCGCUUGGCUCGAUCUCCCAGUUGACUCAAACUGGAUAUAUAAGACAGAUUUGUUUUAACUGAAUGUUAUCUCGCUUGUCUCAAAAUUUUCGAGACUUGAUGUAUUUUCGCUGAUCCCUGUAAGUUCGAGCCAACGGGGUUCGACUGUAUAUAAUAUUUCAUUUGUCCUUCGAUUUUGGUUUCAUCCAUUUAUGUGUUUUGCUUUUCUUGACGCAGACAAUCUCAUAAAAGUGUUCAUCAAAUAUGAAAUAUAACAUAAACAUAGCUGAUUAAAUUGACAUCGUAUUUUAUUAACAUUUCAUAUUAACAUAUACCGUGAUAUAUUUUCUUUUUCUUUUUUGAACGAUGAGACUAAUAUAAGAUUAAUUGUUGGUCAUUGUCAACGUC